UCCGUUGAAUACCAAUGAAAUCGGAAAAGUUUAUGAAAAUAAAAGAAAGAAAUUAAAAUAAUUACCAACGCAAAGAGCACGAAACAAAGAACAAAGGCUAAGUUGAUAAAAAAGGUAAAUGUCCGUGUGUACAAAAUUAAUGAAAUUUUUUCUAAUAUGUCGACCACAUUAGGCAUCACAUGUGUGCUUGUUUGAAAAGUGAGACCAGCAACUUAUCGCACGACGAAAUGACAAUUGUGAUCACGCAAACUUUGUCAGAAAUUUAUACAAGUCGAAUAUUUGCUGCAUGCCCAAAGCAAGAAGGUACAGUUCUCAAGCAAUAUUUUUCUGUCGCGGAAUACGUCACUGUUUACUCUCCCGUGGGAUUUCUUCUUUUCAUGCGAAAAGAUAUUGGCAUUAGUUUAAUUUAUUUCCACUCGUUUGUAAACAAGAUAACGACAACAGGAACUUACUUCAAGUAACGAAUUCAUCUUAGUAAAAUGCACGUGCAAACAAAUCAAGUCAUUAUAGUUUACACGUCAGGGGUUUAUCCAUUUUUGAAAGAUUACCUCGUUAAAAAUGCAACACACUAUUUUGCGUUCGCUCAUAAAUUUACGCCAAAUUGAACGUUUCCUAGCGGGAGACACAGUCGAGCAUCAUUUUCUGGAAGGAACCUAUUGACUUAUCAUGGGCCACUUUGAAUUCAACAACACUUCUUAUGUCACUAGCGCGAGAAGCCUUAAUAAUGGAACGGCAGACGAGUCUUAUUCGAGUGCUUGCUUCUAUAACGACACUACGGCCACCCGAGCUGCCAGAGUUGUUGUUUACUGUGUGAUAAUUCUGAUAUCAGCCCUGGGGAACUCCAUGACAAUCAUGGUAGUGUGGCGCAAUAAGACUAUGCGGAGAACUUUCCACUGUUUCAUAGUCAACCUGGCUGCUACCGACUUGAAUAUCACAUUGGUUUAUAUGCCGCGAGUAAUUGUCAUCUGGUUACGGGGAACAGACUGGCUGGUAGAGGGCAUAUUUGGCUCAGUGCUGUGCAAAGUUGUUCCUUAUCUUCACGGCGUUAGUAUUUUGGUUUCAAUUCUUACAUUACUAACUCUUGCCAUCGAUAGAUUUUUUGCAAUCGUCUUUCCUUUAAAACUGGAACUGUUCACUGUUAAAUCAUCGAAACUUGUGAUUGCGUUCAUCUGGGUUUUAGCCAUGGCCGUUCGGUUUCCUUACUUUCUAUCACUUAAGGUUGUAUUCCACACAUCCAGAAGUGAAUUUUCUUGCGACGCUAACAUGAAAAGAACUUUCAAGAACAGCAACGCACGGGAAAUAUACUAUACGUUUCUGUUAGUCGCGUUCUAUGCUCUUCCCUUCGUUCUUAUCUUAGCUUCGUAUACCGUCAUAGUAAUCACUUUGCGACGAUACAAAACGCCUUCUGACAAGGAAAUAGCCAAACUGGUGCAGAGAAGACGCGGGAAGGCAAGCAAAAAAGUUAUUUACAUGUUGCUGACGGUCACUGCAGCUUUUGUCUUCUGUUGGUUGACAUAUUUUACCGGGCAAAUCGUGUUUGACCCGUUACCGUGCAAUUUGAGAUUUUGGCGCCUUUUUCUGGCGCAUAGCAACAGCGCCCUAAACCCAUGUUUGUACGCAGUUUUCAAUGAAAAGUUUCGAAAGGGUUAUAAACGCUUGUUGAGAUCGUGUUGUCGCUGAAGGCAUUGUCUAAGGUGCUACUAUAGAAAACCAAGAUAAACUGGGUACAAUCGCAUAUGUAGCCUAGAAGAUGUACAAAGUAAAAAAAUAAUAAUUGUAAAAAUAUGACCAUUAAUAAUAUGAUUGAUUGAUUCAGCUAUGCGCUUCAAAUUAAACACUGUCGCGGGAGUCUCUGCCGUUUAAAUUCUUGUGUUUCAGUUUCCGAAAUUAUUGCCGAGUCAGUUGUAGGUGUAAACUUCAUGGAUUGUAUAAGUUAAAAGAAAUAUCUUUUAACUUGCCAACUGAAAAUGUUAUUAGACCAAAACAGAACCUUUGGAUUCAUCAAAAAUGAAUGAUGUUUAAGUUGCAUUUUACUCUCUCUUUUUCAUGAAUACUGUUAUCCUAAGUAUUCUGUAGAAAACGUAGACAUAACAAAUGAUCCAGUAAGGGCCCUUCGUUGAAGAAGCGAUGAGAAAAUGGCAAGCGUGAUUUAAGACUGCUCCUCCGAUAAAUAUAAUGUAUAGGCAUUAAUAUCGUAAAAACCCUCUCACAGCGUGGUUUUCAGAAAUAUGCUGAAAAUAAUCAAAAACGAUACGGGAGAGAAAACAACUUAAGAAUAUUUUCAACAAGAUACGUGUAAAUACAUAAAACAACGAAAUUUAAAUUAAAGAUGAAUUAACAAGUAGAAUUCUGAACAUAUAUCUGAUAGGGAACGUUCCUUUAGGGUGACCUGGAUCAGGCUAAAUGAUACAAGAUCACUCGGAUCAUGGUACAUCAAAGUAGGUGAUCAUGAUGAAUCCACGACCAGAGUGGAUUCAUCGAUUACUUUGAUGUAUCAUGAUGUGAAUAAUUUUGGAUCAACGAUCGACUCUGAUCCAGAUCACCCCAAAGAAGAUCACCCUUGAACCUAUAUUAGUAGAUUCAAAUAUCGGUAAAAUAAUGUUUACAGCUGUAGCAGCUAACCUCAGAGGAGUCUAUGUGAGCACCAUUUCGCACUUUAGUUUUCAUUUUUAUUUAUUUAUUUAUUUAUUUGUUUUCAAUAAAGUCGAAGUGCAAAUACACAUAUAGGAGUUUUAUAAAGUAUUAUGCACUGAAAGUCGCGCUCGAAAAUGUUAUACAGCGGUACCCAAGCCAGGGAAAUAAAAAUGGAUAGCAGCUGUUGUUUUACCUUUAAUUACAUGAUUUACCAGACGCGUACUUCACUUCGCAGGUGACUAAAAUUAGAAUACCACUUAGAUUUAUCUCUGACUUAAAAUAAAUAAUUUUAAUUGUAUUGUCAGCAAUAGAAUUGCGUUUAAAAUCCAUGGCAAAUCACAGGCAAACAAGAAACGUAUCUCAACGUUAAAACCUGGCGCAGUCCGGAAAUUAACUAAGCCCUCCUAUUAACAUUUCUAAAAGGGGAAAAAGAACCUUCUAUUUUUGCCAUUAGUACAAAAUGUUUCAUAUGUAGCACAGACAAUCAGCGGAACAUCUAAGAAGCCAUGCAAUGCUUUCAGACUAAUGUAUCAAGUGAAUAAUAAUUGAGUGAAGUCAAUAAUAAUAAAAAACAAUAUAUUUAUACAAUCUUAUGAUAUUUAAGCAAGGUGCUUCCUCUCACAUUUCGAUUUGCUCGUGCGUUGUGUUGUCAAGCCCGAUUUGAACAUGCUUUAAUUUAAAGUCUCAUGAAACCGAAAUACAGAUAUGCCACUGACAUAAUUUGCUUAUAUUUCACCAGAAUAUUAUUCCAAGAGAAGAAACUCUUUUAUCAGUAACUGUGGUACACACAACAAAGAUUUUUUGACAGCUUUUUCCUCUUUAGUGAUUGAUUGAAAAGUGAUGCCAUGUGCAAAUAGUCAGGUAACUUUUAUAUCGGAACUUCGUGUUUAGUGUAUUUCCACUCUUGAUACUUCUUUCAUUAAUGCUGGAGACGAAAUAAAGUGAAGACUGGAUUAAUUGUCCUCAGAGUUGCUUUAUAUCAUGCAAACCUUUUAGGGAAAGAAAUUCAAGAUGCACUAAAUCUACUUUAACUGGGUAACACUUGUAAAUAACUGCUUCCUUUAUAACAGAAAACUAAAUUACUGGUCGACUGGGGAAACGGUUAGCACUGUACUAGUAAUUAAUUGUAUCAUGUUCACUGAGCCUGAGGCGAAUAAUAUUGUUUUAGUAUAAUUUCCAGAAGUGAAUAUCAAGAACUAAAAAAUAACGAAUUAAACAUGAGUAGAAACAAAGAAGUAGUUGCUCGUUCGCAUCACCGUAUGCGGCCAUAAUUUUUAAUACAUCCUUUGUGAUCAAUUUACACAUCUAUUAAAAUAAUCAGAAUAAACACUGCGAAAAAGAAACAUCCAUCCGAUAUCUUGGAUUGUUGCUGACUUCAUACACAGUUUAUUCAUCGUCUAAAAAUUAGGACUGAGGAAAAAUCUAAGUGAGCUAGAUGUUAUUAGGGAGCUUAAGCGACAAGGACGGCAACGCUGACGACGACAUCUAGUGAAAAAGGAAUUUCAGAUAUUUGGUCUUCGAAAUGCGCAAAGAGGUCAGGACGCCGAUCGGCUCCCGUCGGAGACUCAGAAUUGUCUUUUUCUCUAAAACGCAUGACAAGCUGGACAAGUUGCCUACUGUAAUACGAUCCAGCUGAAAUAUAACCAUAUUUUUAUUGUCAACAAUUAGACUGCUCAGUUUUGUAUCGACUUGUAUAAUUGACUUGGACCUUCACGUAGCAACCAAUAAAAUUUGAAUCUGGUAGUCUAAUUGAUAAAUAGUAGGCUGACGCAGGAGCCCACUGCCCGUAUACUGUAAACACUUGCCGUAUCUUUUGCUUUUUCUUUCUCUAAAACUAUCAAAACAAGAUUCGCGAAAACGUUGACUCAAAGAUUAAGGGAGAUGGAGACUUCGGGUGAUAUGAGCCCGUGGCUGACAGAAAAAACAAAGUAAUUUCAAAAUUAUACCCCAAGGUUUUAUGUAUUGCCCCUUUAAAAGAUGUUCUGGGAAGAAACGAGGCAGAAUAAGGAAAAAUAGGGAAGUUUAUAAAAUUGCAAAGGCAAAUUUAGUAUUAAUAUAUUGAUACUUACAGAAUUACGGGGAUUACAGAGAUAUCCAAGACAGAGGUGUUAGUUUGUUAAUAGGUUAAACAGAAACUGAGGAAAUGUUUAGGGACUUUGCAAAACUUUGUAAAAAAUAAUUUUAAAGGAGCCAAAGUACAGGAAUAUUUUUAAAACGUUCUUGUUUGCAAUUAUCUAUAUCCAUCUUCUAUUAUAGUUAUUUUUAGUCAGUAUUACCUUAAUACUAUUUUCUAUUGAUUUCAUUCAUUUUGAUUAAAAAUUAUUUGGGGGUUAUUUUGGUUUAAUCUGGAGGAAAUUGCGUACACAGAAAAUAAUUUCAGACAUCAGAUAGUUCCAUUAUGGUGCCUGGAUAACCUCAGGGAACCCCAUUUUUGUCAAUACAUUUUGAUCAGUUACAAAAGUGGAAAAACAGUGGGAAUGGGGGCGAAAUCGACUAAUCCACUUCCCGGCCGUAGAAGAUCGAUCGAUCGAUCGAUCAAUCAAUCAAUCAAUUAAUCGAGCGAUCAGGCAAUCAGUGAGUCAAUGAUAGGUGCCUGGGUCACAACACUUAAACCACCCUCAGUGACCGCAAAUUUUCGUUAGUAGAUUCUGAUACAGGUUGCAAAAGUGGGCGCAGAGGUGACAAUUAACUAAUUUGUUAAUUAAAUACAAAAAAAAAAGAAAGAAAAAGAAAAAAGAAAAGAAAAACAAGUUUGAAUAGGGUAAAUGAUGCUAAAACACGAUACAAACGAGGGCCAGUAGAUAACUAGAAUCCACAUUUUAAUUACAUGUUUGCAAUAUUAUAAAUAAACUCACUCCUUAGGAGUAUCAUUUCCUUCACAUUCAAGAGACUUCCAAUAAAAUUUGUCCCAAGUUGUAUAGUUAGGAAAGCACGCCGUGCGGUUUUACGGGUAACUUCUUAAGGUGAUUCCUCAAAAAUCAAAGCUGUCGAACGAUUCUUCUUUUUUUUUUAAUUUUCCAUACACCUUACCAAACACUGUUUCGAAAAAUACAAUAAAAGAGAUACGUGUAGAUCACCAUGCUCGCAAAAGAGAUAUGAUGGGCCAAUUCUUCCUUUACUGGUACUACACACAUUAUUUUAUCGGUUCACGUAACAUCUUGAGGUAACUGGAAGGAAAGUUUAUUAUGUAAUACUUGAAAAAAGACUUGAUAUGUUGUAAGUCCAGAGCAUAUGGAAUAAUUUACUGUGAAUAAUCAAUGAAGAAAUUACACAAUGUAAAUGACACAGUACAUCGAUUCAAAGCGUUCCUCGAGUCGCUUUUUCCAAUGUCAUAACUACUCUUCUCGAGUGACGGUCUAAUGUACUCUUUUAGGUAUAGCUUUUUUCCUUCUGUAUUUUCAUUCAUUUAUUUAUUUAUUUAUUUAUUUGUUUAUUUAU